GACGUCACGAGAAGAAGCGCGUGUCCGGUGGCGGCAGCUUUAAAGAGUCCGAGUUUGGAGCGCGGAGAGAAACUUUAGAGGGAAAUUUGGGAUUAAACUGCAGGAGAACCGAGAAGAACCGGGAAGAACCGGGAAGAACCGGGAUGUCUGAGGCCAGCGGUCCCCUGCAGGAGCUGCCCUGCCCCAACCUGCUGCACCCCCCCAGGAGCAAGAGGAAGAGCUGCCUGGGCUCGGAGGCCACCCCCACAGAGCUGCUCCUGCAGCGCUCGCCCAGACCCAAGCAUCCCCGGCUGGUCUCCAGGGCCAAGGAGAACGUCUUUGUUCUGGCCCGGAGGUCCAGGAGGAGGAGGAGAUCUGCGUCAGGCGUCUCCUGGGACCACCUUCCAGACGAGCUGCUCCUCAGGAUCUACUUCUGCCUCCCUCUGCAGGACCUCCUCCGGGUCUCUGCCGUGUGCAAGCGCUGGCAGCGCCUGGCGCUGGACGAGUCUCUGUGGCACAGCGUGGACCUGGAAGGCCUGACCCACACGGGCCCGGCUCUGCAGUAUGUUCUGAAGACCCGGGUCCAGCGGCUCCGCUGCCCUCGGGCUUUUGUCGAGAAGCUGGAGCUGCCAGAACCUCGUUCUGGUUCCGGCGCGCUGAGGCUGGUGGAACUGGACCUUUCCAGCUCCAUCAUCUCCACGUCGGCUCUGCAGAGCAUCGUCUGCGGCUGCAGCCAGCUGCGCUACCUGAGCCUGGAGGCUCUGCAGCUCUCCGACACCAUCGUCAGCUGCCUGGCGAAGAACCGCGACCUGCUGCAGCUCAACCUGAGUGGCUGCUCCGGGUUCUCCGCCGCCGCUCUGGCCGAGCUGCUGGGAUCCUGCUGCAGUUUGGAGCAGCUGAACAUGUCGUGGUGCAGCUUCAGCAGGAACCACGUGCAGAGCGUGGUGCAGAACCUGAGCCCCGGCGUCACGGCGCUGAACCUGAGCGGCUACCGGGACAGCCUGCUUCUGGACGAUGUGAAGGUUCUGGUGGAGAGAUGUCCAAACAUUGAAACUUUAGAUCUGAGCGACUGCACCCUGCUGAUGGCCGACUGCUUCCCGGUCCUGAAGCAGCUGAAGAAGCUCCAUCACCUGUCGCUGAGCCGCUGCUACCACAUCCACCUGGCGGCGCUGUCGGACCUGGGCCAGACGCUGCCGUCCCUGGCCUACCUGGACGUGUUCGGGUUCGUGCAGGACAGCCAGCUGGCGGCGCUGAAGAAGGACAUGCCUCGGGUCGGCAUCAACGCCCGGCCCUUCUCCAGCGUGGCCCGGCCCACUCCGGCCAGCCGGGUCACCGCGUCUCAUCCGGACCAGAACAUGUGGAGCAGGAGGUGCAGACUGAGGGUCCGGCUCUAACUGGACCGGGGGGGGGUUUGUGGUUCUGUGGCGGAGUUCUACGCGUGGAUGGAGCCACGGUUCUGUGAUGGUUCUGACUGGUACCAGAGGCCAGAUGAUGGACUCGGCCUCUGGUGCUGAACACGCUGAGCUUUUAGAGGAAGAUGUUUUUAAAGCCGGCCGACGUUGGACUCUGUUGGUUCUGAUGAUGUUUAGAGAAGUUCUGCUGUAAUAAUGAGAGAACUGUUCCGGUUCCUUCCGGCUGAAAAGUGAUCCGAAUCAUUUUAAAUCUCAGACCAGGAGAAUAAACAUGGUUCCGUUGGGUCCGGUUCAGUUUUUACUUGAAAGUGUUUAACUUGCUGAGUGUGAAGUAUUAAACCCAGAAAGCUUUUUGGA